AUGACAGAAAUGUACUCAGGACUCCAUGUGGAUCAACGGUUUUCUUCCCUAGAGGAAUUCAAAUCGGUGAUCCGGAACAUCUCUGUUCGGCAGCAUUGGGAGCUUCGUGUGAUACGCAGCAAUAAGAAGAGUGUGGUUAUUGGCUGUCGCUCUGGAGCCAAUUGUUUCUUUCGUGUAGUUUGUCGCUCGAACAAGAACGCGACCUACAUCACUAGCUUGCAGGACAGUCAUAGCUGCCGAAGGAGUGGAGACUCUUCAAUCCGAACGCCGGUCCGGUCUGAAGCCUCGCAUGUGCGUUUUCUACUCAGCGAAAUCCCCAAGCUUUUCGAUAUGGAUGCGAAAAUACGAAGCCAAGAUGUUGUGGAUGCUGUGAAGCGAUACCAUGGAUAUGAUAUUUCCACAAGACAAGCACAGCGUGCGCUGAUUAAACUACAAUCACAAGAUUCCCCCAAUCAUAAUGAUCAAGCUAUGACCCUGGAUAUCAUAAGUACAGGUGAUCAGCACUCGCCUACCCAGUCCCAACCUGAAUCGCAGGGCGAUGCAGGACCAGCAUAUCGGGAGAUAUCAGAAAAUCGUUGGCUGUCAGACCCUCUGCAGUCCACGUUGAUGGAUGAUGAUUCUGUGGACCCCAACGACCCGCCAGAUAACCCUGUGCUGUCAGCCCAAGGCCAAUCUAUCCAGUCCACUCAGAUACCCCAACCUCCUCCGAUUGGAGCUCCAAGUCAGCCCUCCAUGAACAACAACCCGCGUCCCAUGACCGUAUCGCAACCUGGAGUCGGAUAUGUGAAUGCUGCAUCCCUACCAGCUACAGGUCAUCCGCAUGCCAAACUUCCAAAUUAUCAGCCACGAAACGACCAUCCUGGCAUGCAGUCAAUGGUUCUCACAGACUUCAAAAUUGAAUUUACCUGCACCCAUUGCGGGGCUCUGAACCAAAGCUUUUUCCCAAACCAGGGUCAUGUACCCGGUAGUGCCUAUAUGCCUCAUCAUUCUGUCCCCACUGCGGGCGCUGUCACCCGACAUGGUGAUCCCUCGCAACAUGGCCCAGAUGACACCGCUGGCGAUGUCGUUGAAGAUGGCGGUUAUUCUGUUAAUAGUAUGAACACCCGCGUCAUGCAGAAUCCGUGGGCAAAUAGUGGCUUGGGUGUUCCUAUUGGACCGACGAACACCUAG